AUGCACUAUGGCUCAUCAAACAUCGCUGAUACUGUCACGAGCUUCUUCCUUCUUGCCAUACCAAAGGGCUCACAUGGUGAUGAUGAAGUUUACAAGUUAAUAGGAGUUAAGGUGCUACUUUCAAUUGGCGGCCCUGGAGAUGGCUACCAUCUUUACUCUGCUGACAAUGCCAGCACCAUAAACAAGGACCUGGUCAUUCUUGCGGAUAUAACAUCCCAGCUGCUAGAACGGGUGAAUACAUUUGCAGGUCCUGCCUUUAAUACCUUUGGGUUGCUUCAGAGGGAUGCUCCUCCAGUUAGGUUGUCUACUAAUUUUCCAGAACCUCCUGCUACUCCUGCUAGUGCUGCAGAGGAUGCUACUAAUCUUGCUGAGCAAACAAAGAACAUGAGUGCAGGACUUGUCAAGGCUGCCAAGCAGUUUGACUCGUUGGUAGUUGCCCUUCCGCUGGCUGAGGGAGGUAAAGAAGCUCAGCUGAAAAGAAUUGCCAAACUUCUGGCUGAAAAUGAUGUCGUAGGCCAAGAACUACUAAAACAACUGGAAGCUGCGGAAAAGGAAUUAAAGCAAGUGCAGGAGUUGUUCAGGCAAGCAACAGACGACUGCUUGAACUUUUAAGAAACCGGAUUGAAGGCUAGGCAAUUUUUUAGC